CACGUCUGACCCCUGUUCCUCUUCGCUCCGUCUCUCCCCACCCCACCUCCGCCCCGAGACGACGAGACCCAGCGAGCGAUCCCGAGGGAAGAAAGAGAUCGAGAGGGAAGGGAAGGGAGAGGAUCGGAGAGCUUUCCGCCGGCCAUGGGGUUCUGGGUGACCACGCUCAUCUUCCUCCUCGCCGGCUUCGUCGCCUCCCUCUUCUCGCUGCUCUGCUGCAACCGCGGGCCGUCGACCAACCUAUUCCAUUUGACCUUGGUUAUUACAGCAACGGUUUGCUGUUGGAUGAUGUGGGCAAUCGUCUAUCUUGCGCAGCUGAAGCCACUGAUCAACCCUAUCCUAAGCGGCGAGUGAGCUGUGUUACAAUUUGAAGUCUGCUCAUGCUGUAUCACUAUUUAGUUGAGGAUUUCUAUUCAUUUUGGCACGACUGAAAUAAAGAAUUGUUGUGAGAUUUUGGAACACUUCCUCUAGACACUAGAGGAUGCCCACUGUGAUUAGUGUAUGCAAUUAUAUUAUAUACACAAUAAUCGGAUCAAUGACCUUGUCCAUUCAAACUUCCAAAGUUUACCCAAGAUAAAUUUCUGCUUCCAGCUCUAGAGAGCAAAAGUACUUUCUUGAA